AUGGCGCCCCCUACAGAUGAGGAUAUCGAGUGGUUUAGGUCUACAUUUCGUCCUAUUCCUAAGGCCCAACUGCCAGAUGAUUGCAUUGAAUAUUCCUUAUAUUGCGUAUCCACCAGCAACGUCGACAGCACUGAAGAUGCUGAUUUAAUUCGUAACCGUCUCACCGAAGUGCAGAAAGCUGCAGCCGAGCUCGUGAGGGCGUUCUUAAAAGACUAUAUAUGGCAGCGCGACAUCUUUAUGUUGGAAAUGAUAAGAGAAGAUGGAUUGAAUUUACUUCGCGGACGAACUGAAUAUGGAGACUCAAUAGAGGAUGAAUGGGUUAUUGUCUAUAUAUUGCGGGAGUUGACGCGACAGUUUGAUGAUUUAUGGGUGAAGGUCUCAGACAGUGAUGGUGAAUUUUUGCUGGUGGAGGCCGCACCAACAUUGCCAUCCUGGCUUGAACCGGACAUUGCAAAUCAUAGAGUUUGGAUUCAUAAGGGUCGACUGCUGAUCAUCAAACCAGAGAAAGACAAGAGAUCUAUUCCUAAACCACUAACAUUCCGAGAGGCAAGGAAAAUAAUUGUUGGAGAUCCUAGGCGACUAAUGCACUCACCAACGAUAGAAGCUGAAGCGUUUUAUCGACUUCGCAAUUACCCGACGCAAAUCGCUGACAACCUCCACACAUCCCCAAUUACCAUACCGCGGAAACUUGCGUACAUCCUACAUAUAAAACCAGCUUAUAUAUCCCCAGCAGUGGACGCGUUCUAUAUUAGGGAUCCGAUAUCCUUAAGACCUUUAAAAUCAAAGGACACAAGUGCGUUAAUAUUCAAACCAGAGGAUUUAGUCACCGUUAGCGUCCGCUUUACGAGGGUUGGGUACGCACAAUUAAAAAGCCAGGAUUUUGAACUACCUCCAGCUUGGAAGGGCAAACUACCGCCUGAAACCCCGAAAUCGAAUUAUGCUCGCGCUGAAAUGGGGGUAAAGGUUACCAGUGGAUUCGAAAUGUUGUUGUCAGACCCUCAAAACCAGGAUAAAGUAGCAGCAAGGGAAAUAAAACUCAUACUCGAAGAUAUUGAAUCUGGAGAUGACAAAUUACCUACGAAUGACGAAAUUGAAUCGACCUGGGAGAAACGUGAAGAUGACGAGAAGUGGCUCGAUAUAAACUUUGAGGACCUCGAGCAGGAGCUGAAAGGGCGACAUGGGGCAGACAAAAGUGAUAAAUCUGCCGGCGCAUUUGGUGACCAAGCUGCCCAAGAGAAUCUUCAAAGAAUAGUGGAACGAUUCGAGCAAUUUUUGAAUGACGACCGCGCUGGCCUUGAUGGAGCCGAUCUUAUCGACGAGACGGACUCCGAUGAUUGUGACGUUGAUACUGACGAUAUCAGUAGCGACGGUGAAGAUAAGGAAGUAUCAUUCGAUGAGGAUGAAUUCUCGAAGAUGAUGCAAGAAAUUAUGGGACUUCCUACGAAACCGGAAGGGAAUGCCCGGCCCAAGAGGAUGAAGCGAUUUGAAGAGUUGAACUCAGACGCCCUUCUAUCUGGAUGA